AUGCUCACUCGAACACUUCUGAUCAUUUCUAUUUUGUAUGGUGGUUCAGCUCUCGGUAAAUAUAGUGGACAGGCUACUGUUACAAUGUCAAAUCGUAUUUAUUUAGGACACUUAGUUCCCUUUCAUCGUUAUGUUCAAACGUCGAAUCGGCAUUUCUACACGACAAACGCUGAAGAAAUUGGUACUACCUUUGUAGGUGAUACAGAACAAUAUGACUUUAAAUAUGAGAAGAUCGCAUGCCAAAUAUUUGAUCCCAAAGCUUCGCAGCCAGCAAACACUGUCCCUCUUUACCGCUUCGUUAGCCAAGAAAAAUAUUAUUUUUACACAACUAGUCUGCAGGAAUUCGAUACGAAUGUGCCGGAUGUGAGUAUGGACUUUUGGAAAUCAGACGGUAUUGCGGGUUACGUCUACUCGGAACAAAAAGAUGGAACAGUUCCUUUUUAUCGCUACUACAACAGUCUUCAAGACGAAUACUUCUACACGACGAAUGCCGGUGAAAUUGGAACGGUAACUCCUGGAGCUGUCGGGAAAGGUGGCUAUAAAUCCGAGGGUAUCGCUGCUUAUGUAAUAUCGUAG